AUGGCUAGCUACUACAACACUACCGCCUCUUACGCUAGCCCCCCGGCUUUCAAGAGAUCUCGAAGCAUCAAGAGUGACCAUGAGAUCGAUCUCAAUGGACCCAUUGAGGUUGUUGGAUCCGUCAAGUCUGGAAGCAGCAUCAGUCUGAACGGCGAUGUGAUUGUUCGAGAGAAGGUUGACGCCUAUGGAAGCCUUGGUCUGAACGGAAGCAUCAGAUGCGACGGCAAGGUCAAGGCCUAUGGAAACAUCUUGGUGAACGGAUACACCGUUGCCAACGACAAGAUCAAGGGUUGUGGAAAACUCCGAGUCGUGGGAACACUCGAGGCCACAGAAUUGGAGAUUUAUGGAAACGUGAGCAUUACAGGACUAUUGAAAUGCCGACGUCUUGUUGUCUACGGAACUCUGACAUUGAUCGGAAGCGACUCAAGCUACUAUGUCACAGAGUCUGAGCAAGUGGCCGGAGCUGUAAUGAUGAGGGAGACUGAGCCCGACUGGGACUGGUAACUGGAUGUUAUGAUGUGACGGAAUUGUGAAUGAGGAGUCACUUGUAUGGUCAGGUGGCUAUGGUUGGGGCUUGUUGUAUUACUAGAUUGGAAAUUGUGUCUUGGGUUUACUUUUGGGAAUGUAUUUCGGUCGUUUUGCUUGGCGUUGGAUACUUAGAUUCAUCAUGGAUUCAGUUCUAUCUUAGAGGAGGAAGUCUUUCACAAGAACAAGACUGUAACAGGAG